CGAAUCUGUCUCCAGUUGUCCGCUUUGUCGGCCUGCUUCUCGACCCACGUUCAUCGUAUUUUCACCCGCGCUCCGUGCUUCCCAUCUGCUUUCUGUCGAACUUUUUUUUGGCCGAGUUGAGUUGUGUUGAUGUCGAGUACCUGUGCAAGACCAGUGUAUGCUCGGCACGGCUAUAUUCUGCAGAAUACAGUCAACACGAACAAGGGUCGGAUCUGAAGCUGCCCGUCUUGGCAUGCUGUUGUUUGUCACGAAUCUUGGGUCGGAGGGAAUGCUUCUGUUGCAUUUGCACCAGAUUCCCAAGCGAGAAGAAAAGAGAAAGGCAGACACAACCGUCACCAGAGAGACUCCCCAAGUAACGCCCCUUUCUUCACUCAAACGUAAGGUGGUAAGUCACAUUCAACCCUCCUGUCUCGAGGCCUCAGUGAACCGUGAAGCUAGGCUCUUCACAUAUCUUCGUACUCACGAAACUGGAAUCGGAGUCGGAAGACACAAAACAGCACGAAAUUGUGGAAUAUUUGGGCCAAGCUGGUUUGAACUAUUUCGGCUGGAGUUGUCUCUGUCUCUACCUGUCCUUAUUCGGCGUUACUGGGUCGGUUCGUGGGGUUUCGAUUGGACAUCUUUCUUUCUUUUUCCAUUCUUUCUGUAUGUGUUAUGGGCCAGAAAGCAAGCAGAAGCUAUGUACUGUCCACCUUACCAUGUCUGGAUUGUCGUCUGGAUUCCCGGUAUUAGAUUCUUUUUUGGCUCUGGUCUCUGCUUCCAUCCAUUCCUCCCAAGUUCGCGGCGCCAGUCAAUCCUUGGCUUUGGAAGACAGGCGCAACCCAAAGCAGACGAGACCACGCCAUACCCCAUUCGAAGUGACCUCGUUCCCUGGGCUUACGGAUAAAGGUAGUGUAUGGUAGGUAGGUAUUCGUACCUGGUGGGAAGGAAAACCGAUGCCUUCCAUGGCUUCCAUUCCUUCCCUCCAGGCUUCAGGUAUACGGUGCAACUUCAAACACAACCCAUAGGUUAAGGCCACACAUGUUAAUACCACACACCUCACACAGGUUCACACCUCUCUCACACCUCCAAGUCCCAACUGCCUGCCAUUGGAUUACCACACUACUUACCACUCCCGCCACCAUCUACUCCUUCUAUCUGCUUCUCUGUCAAUCCCAUCCGCAUUCGCAAUUUGCUCUCCUGUUUCUCGCCUCUUUUCUUUUGGCC